CACUUCAUAUACAACGUUUGUAAAAAAAAAAAAAAAAUCACACAAACUGUGAUGGUAAUUGUUUGGGUGUGGUUGACUGCAAGUGAAGUAAACCUGCAGGAUGAAUUCCAUCCUUUCAUCGAAGCCCUGCUGCCCCACGUCCGGGCCUUCGCCUACACAUGGUUCAACCUGCAGGCCCGCAAGAGGAAGUACUUCAAGAAGCACGAGAAGCGCAUGUCCAAGGAAGAGGAGCGCGCCGUGAAGGACGAGCUGCUCAGCGAGAAGCCCGAGGUCAAGCAGAAGUGGGCCUCGCGCCUCCUCGCCAAGCUGCGCAAGGACAUCCGGCCCGAGUUCCGGGAGGACUUUGUGCUCACCGUGACGGGGAAGAAGCCGCCGUGCUGCGUGCUGUCCAACCCCGACCAGAAGGGCAAGAUGAGGCGGAUCGACUGCCUGCGCCAGGCGGACAAAGUGUGGAGGCUGGACCUGGUCAUGGUGAUUUUAUUCAAAGGGAUUCCCCUCGAAAGUACUGACGGAGAGCGGCUGGUUAAGUCCCCGCAGUGCUCCAACCCCGGCCUGUGCGUGCAGCCGCAUCACAUUGGAGUUUCAGUCAAGGAGCUGGAUCUGUACCUGGCCUACUUCGUGCAUGCCGAUUUCGACGUAGGCUGCCGGGGAGGAAAAAAUAAUUUGGCUGAAGUGUGA